CCGAACCCCGCAUUCGUUAGGCAGUAGGCUUGAAUACUACGCAAACGGAACUAUCAUAUAUUUUCUACUGCUUAUCGUUGUUCCUAGCUUCAGGUCAUCAUAAUCAUCAUUGUCAUCAUCAUCAUCAUCAUCAUCAGUCCAAUACCGGAAAAAUGUCCAUACAGCAGGCGCUCUCCAGAUUUUAUGCUACCUUCCCAAUCCGCGAAGAAUCGUUUCUGAAACGACUAGAAUCUGGAGUCUCCUUCAGAGACGCCACACGAACAGUUUUUUACAGACAUUCAGUCAUCGAUCUAGAACACAUUUAUACGGAAGUUCAGACCAAGGCCAAGUUUGAUAUCUACCGGCUGUUACUUUAUUGCGAUACACUCUUAGUCCCUAAAAGAACAAAUAUUCUUCUGCCGAAAAGACGCGACGAAUUCCGCCUCGUCAUAUUUGCACGAGAUAUACAGUCAGACGGACUCGGUAGUGAAGAUGGGGCGUUCGCAAUCACCAUGGACGUGGGUGAUCUUGUCGCCUUUCACACCAUCCAACUUCCCGAAAACUUCUGUUUCAGAGUCCAUACUCCCCAUGGAACAGAAAUUAUUUUCCCAAAGAUCGACGACACUCGCUACGGUGUUGAGGUUGAGUGUUGUGAAGGUCAUAAAUUCCGUCAGAAGCAGAGGCCACCUCCGGAGGAUGUCGUGCUCCAUGACUACCUCGAAACGCUUGAGAAUGUCAAUGGCAUCGUAAGGGUUGACGAGAAUCUUAAUGACAAUCUCCAGCGCAUUUUCUCUUUUCAGUUCUUACUGGCAGCAUUCCUGAUUCAAGAAAGCCCGGUAUUGGCCCUUCAGAUCUUAAAUUAUGUCUGUAAGGCAACAGCUAUGAAGGGGUCCUUCCGGUUUUUCUACGAAUCGGCCACGCUACGUGACUUUCUCGUGUCUCAGCUUGAUUCUCAUGUGUUCAGCAUCUCCUCAGUAAAUAUUUAUGGCUCGAAACAGAUCCUAAAAUCGAGACUGAAGGCUGCAGAAGCUUUUGACUCUAGCUUUCAACGGUUCAUUGGAGAGGGCAGCGCUGCUGAAAAUUUCCGAACAAAUGCGAACAUUCUACUUUCGAAGUCUAGAAUGGCCAUGGAGGAGUACGAGUGCUUGUGGGGGUUCGCUAAUCGGGAGUAUACCAACGCUCUCAAUGCCGAAAAAAGAGCUAAGGACACUUACCGGUCAAACCAGAUCAAUGUUGAGCAAGCUUGUAUAAAGUUUCGGGAAGGUCUCGAUUCAUGGGAGAGAAAAGAGAAAGUAAAAGCAGUAGUAGAGCUGAUCAAAUGCGGUAUAACUACCAUUGGUGCGGUCGUUGGUGCUUUCACCACUUCAGGAGCCUCCCUCGCGGCAGCCGAUCCAAUUGAACUGGCUGAAAAAGCUCAGGCUGUGGUCGGUAAAUUUAAACGCUUGGUUGAUAUCAUUAAAAGAAUCCAGAAAUUUUACAAUAAAUGGAGUCCGGUAUUGACUUCUGCAUGGACGACUGUGCAAUCAACAACGCGUUUAGUGAAUGUCUUUAGGGAGGAAACAUCCACUGGACCGAAAAGCCAGUUUCAAGGACUUGGAGAUCCCAAUAUUGACGUAGAGAAUUGUAUUGCCGAUUGGAGAAAGUUCAAUAUAGACGUGGACCUAUUCAAGAAAGAGCUUGAGGGCAACGAAAUUGCGGGUCUCAAUGAAUACUACAAACAGUUGAAGUAUUUGCCAUUAUCUGGUGAAGCUGUCAUUCGGACGCGGGCCAAUCUCAUCAGCCGAGGCUACCAGUUGACAACUGCGAAUCUUCGCCGAAAGUUAGAGAAAGAGAAUCAGCCUCUUCUUGAGUCUACUGUCACUAAGGCAGAGACUAAUCACCACAUAUUGGAGGUUCUUCAAGAUGCUAUGUUUGAUAGGUUGCUUACUGUUCGCGCCUUUGUGAUGCUUGAUUUCUGGACCUACCGCUCCGCAUAUAUGUACCAUUCACUUUCGUCCGGUUUUCCUAUUGUUUGCUCGCCCGUGAAGUUCAUUGGAGACUACUUUGAUGAUGCUGCCACUCUUCAAUCUGCUAUAACUGAAUAUGGGUCUUCAACAAUAGUACAGAAGAAGGUCUUCCAGAUUUCUGUUCCUGUUGAUGAAUCUGAAAGAAGAAGGUUUGAACAAGGUUACCCCCUUGAGGUCUCCAUUGGGCCUGAGCAAGAGGAGUUUCAGCCGUUUAUCCGUAUUCGGUUGCACAAAGUGAGAUGUUACUUGCGAGGCCUACAACUUUCUACGUCAUCGUCAUCAAGACCACUUGGUCUGCUUCUCUAUAGCCAACCUCAAUUCUACGACCGCCAGGCAAACCUUGACUCGAAUCAUGCGUGGAAGACCACACAUCGGCUUUUCAUUGGCAGCAGUAGAACGGUGCUUUUCGAAACCCGCUCGGUCAAUGACCAGCAGAUCAUCAUCUGCGAUGGAGAUUAUGGUCAGAGACAGGAUUACACCAUGUAUACCCCUAUGAGUGACUGGACCAUAUCACUUGCUCCAGGAUGCCUCUCCUUGGAAGAGCUCGACGUUUCUGGUCUGAGUGCUAUUGAACUGGAGUUUUGGUGCGAUGUCACUCUCGACCCGAUGGUUCUCACCUCCUACCAAACUGCCCCCGUUGAUGAGUGAUACACGAGCCCAUUUGUUUCGUUUCUUUGCCUGUUCGGCGACACUGUCUCCAUCCCCAACAGAGUUGACUCAGAACGAAGUAUUUCUCCGUUAUUGGCUUAGUGAUAUCAGGACAUAAGUAAUAUGAAAAAUAAUAGACUUGAGUUGAUGCCAU